AAACCCCAGCACUGGUGCCGAUAAACAAGAAGAGAAAGCAACUGGAAAUCAAAGGGGCAGAUGCAAAGAAAGCGAAAGUGUUGCUUGGUGUAGAUGAGUUUGUAGAUGGCGAAGAGGAUGGGGAUGAUGACGACGAUGAUGAUGAUGAUGAUGAUGAGGAAGAGAGUGAUGAAGAAGGUGAGGAAGAGGAAGAGGAAGAUGAUGACGAUGAUGAUGACGAUGAUGAACCAGAUGAGGAAGAGAGAGAGAUGAUGGAACAAAUGAAAGCUGCUUUAAGUGCUAAGCCAAAUAAAAUGAAAAAUGAAAGUCAAGGGGAUAAAACGCCAAAAGGAAAGGCUGAAACUCCUGGAAAUAAAGUGCAAACACCAAAAGCCAAAGGCGAAAGCACGGAACAGAAAACCCCAAAGGCGAAAGAGAAAGCAAAACAAGGUGCAAAGACUCCUGAAGUAAAGAAAGCGGAAAACAAAACCCCCAAGAAGGAGGCAGUUACCAUGAACGGGACACCAAAGCAGAAGAAGCCUGAAAACACACCAGCCAAGAUAGAAACUCCUUCUGGAUCUCAGACCCCAAAGAUGAUGAAGAUUGGGGGGAUGAAGGUUGAGGAACUUAAAGUUGGGCAAGGACCAAAAGCUAAACCAGGAAACAUGGUGUUCAUGUACUACGAGGGCAGAUUCCCCAAUGGCAAAAUGUUUGACAAGUGUCAGGUGGGCAAGGGCUUCGGUUUCCGGCUGGGGAGAGGAGAAGUAAUCAAGGGUUGGGAUAUGGCCAUUGUAGGCAUGCAGCCUGGAGGAAAGAGAAAGAUUGUCUGCCCACCUAAGAUGGCGUAUGGUGAGCGAGGAGCACCACCAGACAUCCCACCCAACUCCACUCUAAUCUUUAAUAUAGAACUAAAAACCAUAAAAUAGAUAAAAAAUAUUAGUUGGAGCAGUGCACUUUCUUAUGUUAUAGAAAGGAGACUUUGGUGCUUUUUAUGUGUUUCUUCAUUCGUUCAUUUCUCCACUUUUUCUUCUGGACCAUUAUUGUUUGUUUCUCUUCUAAUUUAAAAGAAAAAAGGAUUGUAAUUAUUAUGAUUAAUUAUUAUUGGUAGUCAUUAUUAUUAUUCAUCUAUAUUUUUUUCAUUUUACAAACGUUUUUUUAUAUAAAUUAUGUAGUUCGCAUUAUAUGUAAGAUAGUAGUGUAACAAAUAAUAUUCAGGGGAAGCAGUACUGCUCUAAGUAGGAUGAGGGUAAUUGCAUCAGGUGUCAUACUGCUAGCUCCAUUACAGUAUGGCAUUUUCCUCGUUGCUGGUGUUAUGGUUCCCUUUUUCGAGUGACUUGUUUUGUACUCUAAUUUCCAAAACAUGGUAAAGUGUCUCGAUGUUA